AUGAAAACCAUGAGUGCCAAGAGUGUGGGAAAAGACUCCCUGGGAAGGGUGAUGUCACCAAGCACACCCACACACUCUAGAGGAAGACCUCAUGAAUGCCAAGAGUGUGGCAAAAAGUUCACUCAGAAGGGUCACCUGAAAACACACACCCUUAUACACACUGGUGAAAGACCUCAUGAAUGCCAAGAGUGUGGCAAAAAGUUUAGUAAUAAGAGUGCCCUCAACAGACACACCCUUACACACACUGGUGAAAGACCUCAUAAAUGCCAAGAGUGUGGCAAAAAGUUUAGUCAUAAGAGGGCCCUCAACACACACACCCUUACACACACUGGUGAAAGACCUCAUGAAUGCCAAGAGUGUGGCAAAAAGUUCAGCCUGAAGAGUUACCUCAAAGCACACACCCUUACACACACUGGUGAAAGACCUCAUGAAUGCCAAGAUUGUGGCAAAAAGUUCAGCCAGAAGAGUGCCCUCAACACACACACCCUUACACACACUGAUGAAAGACCUCAUGAAUGCCAAGAGUGUGGCAAAAAGUUCAUUGCUAAGAGUGCCCUCAACACACACACCCUUACACACACUGGUGAAAGACCUCAUGAAUGCCAAGAGUGUGGCAAAAAGUUCAUUGCUAAGGGUGCCCUCAACAGACACACCCUUACACACACUGGUGAAAGACCUCAUGAAUGCCAAGAGUGUGGCAAAAAGUUUAGUCAUAAGAGGGCCCUCAACAUACACACCCUUACACACAUUGGUGAAAAACCUCAUGAAUGCCAAGAGUGUGGCAAAAAGUUCAUUGCUAAGGGUGCCCUCAACAGACACACCCUUACACACACUGGUGAAAGAGCUCAUGAAUGCCAAGUGUGUGGCAAAAAGCUUAGUGAUAAGAGUGCCCUCAACAAACACACCCUUACACACACUGGUGAAAGACCUCAUGAAUGCCAAGAGUGUGGCAAAAAGUUCAGCCUGAAGAGUGUCCUCAACAGACACACCCUUACACACACUGGUGAAAGACCUCAUGAAUGCCAAGUGUGUGGCAAAAAGCUUAGUGAUAAGAGUGCCCUCAACAAACACACCCUUACACACACUGGUGAAAGACCUCAUGAAUGCCAAGAGUGUGGCAAAAAGUUCAGCCUGAAGCGUACCCUCAACAGACACACCCUUACACACACUGGUGAAAGACCUCAUGAAUGCCAAGUGUGUGGCAAUAUGUUCAGCCAGAAGGGUCACCUCAAUACACACACCCUUACACACACUGGUGAAAGACCUCAUGAAUGCCAAGAGUGUGGCAAAAAGUUCAGCCAGAAGAGUGCCCUCAACACACACACCCUUACACACACUGGUGAAAGACCACAUGAAUGCCAAGAGUGUUGCAGCAGCUUUUUUACUAAGUCUGAUUUGAACAAGCACAUCGUCAGACACUCUGACUUGAGAAAGUUCAAGUGUGAUGUUUGUAAGAAACAUUUCAAGACCAAGCCGAGUAUUGCCCACCACAUGAAAAUCCACUUCCCCUGAGGUUAUAUGUUAUGCAUGUGUGUGUGUGUCCACCACCUAUUAUUAUUAUUAUUAUUAUUACUAUGUGUAAACAGACAUACAGAUGUACAGUUGCGCUACUAAGUGUUGAGACAGUUUGCAAUGACUUUCGUUCUAAUAGUACAUAAUAUUAUUCGAAGGGAAGGGAUGUUUAGGAGUGAUUUUGUUAUAGAUACACAAAACAUGAUAUUGAGAAAGGAAAUAAAUUGAAUUUUUACCUUAUAACGAUAUAUUAAGCAGCUCUGCUGAAACAUUUUGAUACAGUUUUCGUUCAAGACAUUAAAAGAGUCAAAUGAGUUCUAUGUUAAGAUUAAGUAUAUAUAUAUAACUGCACAUAUCUAUUGCUCUUUCUUUCAAUGUAGUGAUAAACCCUAUAUAAUAAAAUAAUAGAAAAAAAUAAUCUGCUGCACUUCAUUUGAUGAAAUGAGAAAUAAAUACGUACUACAUAAUAAACUCGCAUUUGAUGAUGACGUCAUCGGGAACGACAUUCAUGCAUGACUAUAUAAAUCUUGUGUGUGUGAAAUCAGCGAGAUUCUGAAGAAAAAAAAUCACAAAAUCAAUUGUCUAUAUUUCUAAUUAACGGUAAAAUCCAAAGAGAAGUAUAGAUAAGUGGACAGACAUGUAAUUCAAAGUUGCACGAGACACAUGACAGACGACGCGAUAGCCUAUUGUCUGGGUAGAGACGAUGCUUGGUCAGCACUGCACUGCUAGCCUACCACUUCCUGCCAUUCAUCUCUGCUGAGUUAGUUAUAUACAUCUGAUCAAAAUAAUAUUAUUUAUAACUUGUAGGCAUGAUUAGUGAAGUGACCCCUACUCCGCCCCGGCAAUUCUGUAAAUGAAUGUGGGUGGCUACAUAGCCUAUCAUUCCAAUAUGUUUCUCUUCGCCACAUUCACAUAGAGUACACUGUUAAGUUUUUAUUGCAUUCAAGGGAAUCACUGAUAUUUAUUAGGUGUGUGUAAAACUAAAGAGUUUAAAAUUAAGUAGUUCCAUAAAAGUCGGUAAAGAAUGUUUCCCCAGAGGAUAGUUGCCAGAUGCCGCCAGCCUUCGCUCCAUGUCCGAAAGAUUAUGAAAACUGUGUCAACACUUCGUAGCGCAACUGUACAUACAUGCAUACACACAAAGUUAUUUUGUCUUUGUAAUAAAUUCUUUGGUGUUUUUU